CACUGGAAAAGUGAUUUUUCCAUAAUGGCCGCUUGAAGACGUUUAAUAAAAUAAACAAAUUAGGUGAAAAUUUUAAUUUUUCACAAAAUAUUAUUACAAGUUUUCAAUAAUGUGUUAAAUUUGUGUUGCUAUCCGCAUGUGAAUAUGUUAUAAUAAUAUAAAGUUCUACUAUUAAGACGUGUUAUGAAGUGAACAGAGUACAGUGCAAGUGAAAAAGUAGUCAAGCAAGAAGUUGGGUGGUACGAAAAGGCAAUGCACUUUCGAAACUAUUAUGCUCUUGGCGGUACCACCGUAAAUACGAGUGCAAAUAACACUGCAGGCCAGUCCGCAACAUCCACCCCCACACAAGGUCUGCCACAGCAAACAUCAGCAGCACCCAAUACACAAGUAAAAGCGACAUUUGUUAAUGCUUCACCUACAGCCCAAGGAAUACCAACAAAUGGGAAUAACAAUGUGCCCUUGCAACAAAUCAUUAAUUUGCAACAACUGCCUCAACAGUUUGUGCAGACUGCGGGCUCGGCGCAACAGCAAGCGCAAGGAAUUCCGGGUCAAAAUAUGUUUCAAAUUGUGCAACCUAUGCAAACGGUGACCAUUGAUGGACAAGAAGCUAUCUUUAUUCCAAAUUUAAAUGCUGCGCAAUUGGCAACUGCGGCGCAGCCUAUAAAUUUUAAUGGACAGCAAGCAUUUAUAACACCUAAUGGUCAAAUAGUGCGCGCACCGACCGCAGCUCCGCCCCCAGCUGCAAUGCAGUUACAGCCUGCAACACAAUUCAUACAUGGCUUAGGACAAGCUAUGCAACUGCCACCAGGUGUCGGAUCGGGGGAGCAAACAUUGUUCACUAUCCCUGGCACUAAUAUACAAGUACCUGUUGUAAAUGCAGCUGUACAACAACAACAUAUAUUACAACAACAACAGCAACAGCAAAGCCAAACACAGUCGUCAACUAAUGCCAGUAGUGGGAAUGCUUCAAACAGCGGCAACACGUGUUCCUCACAGCCGCCAACAAGUACCACGCAAGUUCCGACAAGUUCUACACAAACAACAACAUUGCCUAGUACGAUUACUAUACCAGGUACCAACAUCCAGAUACCCACGUCUAUGGCAGCUUCAAAUGGUUUAUUGGGAAAUUUAAGUAACUUAUUGGGUAACAACACAAUCAAGUUGGAAAAUGGACAGACUUUGCAAAAUGUGCAAAUAAGACCAGCAGGAACUCCCGCUAAUACUAACCAAGCUGGAAUACCACAAUUCAUACAAUUUCCACAUGCGCUGCAGCAACCAGCUGCGCCUACCUUGCAACAAACUGUUGCCGUACAAGUUCCAAUACAGACUGGUGGGGGCCAGACAAUAUACCAGACCGUGCAUGUACCCGUACAUCAGUUGAAUGCAGCAGGACUGCCUAAUAUGAUGCCCGCACAAGCCAUGCCAAUGUCGGCUGCGUUACCUCCCACGCAAAUGCAAAUAAUACCACAAUUCGCGCAAAUUGCCCAAAUAGUGACGCCCAAUGGACAAAUACAACAAGUGCAAUUGGCGCCAUUGAAUGCAAUGCAAUAUUCUCAACUGCCACCUAAUGCAAAUAUUAUACAUAUUCAACAACCACAAACUCAAACCGCUUCAACUAACCAACAACAGCAACAAGCUGCCGCUGCUGCGGCUGCUGCUCAAGCUGCAGCUAGUGCUCAACAUCAACAACAACACCAACAACAGGUCGCUCAGCAACAGCAGCAGCAACAGCAACAACAACAACAGCUACUAAAUGCAUUAAAUGCUGCGUCGGAAUCUGGCAUACAAUUACCCACAAAUCAGUCAAUUACAAUAACGAAUGCCCAGGGACAGCAGGUGACAGUGAUACCCGCGCAGCAACUGCAACAACUACGAACUGCCUCCGCGCCUAGUGGUCCCGGCACCGCCCCAAAUCUUAUACAGCUCCAGCAGUUGCAGGGCAUUCAAGCGCUGCCCAUACAAAAUAUACCUGGUAUAGGGCAAGUUCAAAUCAUACAGGCAAACCAUCUGCCACCGCAAUUACAAGGAGGUUUUCAACAUGUAAUUUUGCCACAACAGCUACAACAACAACAGUUACAAUUACAACCCAAUUCAGGCGUCGUGCCGAAUGCGCCACAGUCAUCUCUUCCUCAAACCAACACAACUACGUCUACGGCAAGUACAAACUUGGUGCAGCCAAAAACAGAACCCCAAAGUCCAUCACAAGUGCAACACACCCUCAUCACAAACAUAAAACAAGAGCCACCGGAUCCGAGUCAAACACCGCAGCAAAUAAAGUGGGUGGUGCCACAUAACAUGACUGUAAAUAUGCAACAACUGCAGUCGCAGCAGCAGCAAGUUGAACAGGCACAUCAGCAUGCAUCGAGCGAGAAUGCAACAACAACAACAUCACUACCAACAUCCAUACAGAUCACAGCCGUCCCACAAACGCAAAGCUUCACUAUCACACCCACUAAUCAAACGCGUACCACCAUGUUAAAGACGCUUCCCACGAACAUGUCGGCCGUAGGCGGUAUUCAGCCACCAAAUAACACAAUAAUGACGCCGAAUACGACGGUAACAUCCAGUGCCGGUGGCACGCAAAUCACAAUAGCGACUGCACCAGCGGCAUUAGCUCAUCAAUUGCAGCAACAGCAGCAGUCACAAUUGCAAGCUAUGCAAACGCAGCUAAAUGCAGCUAAUGCUGCAACAGCAACAACGGUGCCAGCAACAGCCACAACCUCUGUGAAUGUCAACAUAAAUGUGAACGAUGUGAGUGCGGGCAAUAGUACCAGUACUACCACCACUGGCAUGGGCGCCAUCAGUGGUAUUAAUUCCAGUGGGGGCGUAAACAUGGUUGGCGGACUGGAAAUAAAACCGCGUCUGAAACGUGUCGCUUGCACGUGCCCCAAUUGCACAGAAGGUGAAAAGCACGCCGAUCGUAAACGUCAACACAUCUGCCAUAUACCGGGUUGCAGUAAGGUGUACGGCAAAACGUCACAUUUGCGUGCGCAUUUACGUUGGCACACCGGCGAGCGACCCUUUGUCUGUUCAUGGCUAUUCUGUGGCAAACGUUUUACGCGCUCCGAUGAGUUGCAGCGUCAUAGACGCACUCAUACUGGCGAAAAGCGUUUUCAAUGCCGUGAAUGCAAUAAGAAAUUCAUGCGAAGUGACCAUCUCUCCAAGCAUAUAAAAACACAUUUUAAGGUGCGAUCGCCGCUUGAUCUUAUGGAUCUGAAUAUGAAGCAAGAGGAUAAAGUGGGUGCGCAACGAUUGGCAGAAAAUGGCAGUGACAUGCAGGACAGCGGCGCCACUUCCAACGCAGCUAAAAGUAUUACAACAACCAAUGGUAUGUUGACAAUUGAGUUGUCGAAUUCGGCGGUAUCCAAUGUGACGAGUACACUAACGGGGUCAGCAAUUACAGGUAAUGCUGGUGUAAAUGGUUCAGGCGUUGCAAUGCAAAUUACGCAAUCGACAGAAGAUGACGACGAUGAUGGCACCAGCGGUAGCUAUGUGGAUGAUGAUAUCGAUGAUGAUGAUGAUGAGCUGGACGAUGAUAUUGAUAGUACCGGUGACGAGGAGAAGAUGACAAUUACAGUUAGUGAAAUUGGUGAUAAUUCAAACUAACAUACGGAGGCACUGUUCAUGGAACAGUUCGAAUUUAAUCAAUUCUAAUUACGGUUUCGAUUUGAAUGUAAAUAAGUUAAAUUUAAUUGCACCGAAAAGCGAAGCGAUAUUUUUUAUUUGUGGUGUAGUAUUUUUCUAAUUAUGAUAUUAAACGUAAGCAUAUAUUUAAGCUUAUAUUUGCAGUGUAGGUGUAAAUAUCGACUUAACGUGUAGGUAAAAUUUUAAAUUUAAAAUAUAUGUUGUCUUUAGUUUUUAUACAGUUUAUUCUUUUUUUUUAUAAUCGAAUUAUGCAUAUGUAAUUUUAGGCAUAAUGUUUUGUAAAGUACAUUCAUAAAAUGUAGAAUUUUAAAUUCAAAAUAUUGAGUACAUUGUAACAUACGCCAAGCAAAAUUUAGAAAGAAAUAAAUUUAAAUACUAACAAACAAAGUGCAUUUAUUUCUUGAUCUUUCUCUUUGUUGAUUAUAAUUUUGUUAUUUUAUUUAAGACGUACAUUUUUACAAAUUAACGCUACAGAUAAAAUACCAUUAAUAUAUUGAUUUGGCGAUUCGAAGAAAAUACCUGAAUACCUAAUUACUCUAAAAUAAAAAAAAACAUCGACAACAAUUCUUUAUGCAUUUUAAAUUUAAAUACAAUAAAUUUUCAUAAAAAUGUAUUUAUUGGUAUAUUAACCCCUGAGCUAUCGGUUAACUAACAAAGAGAGUUACCAGAGAUUGCUGUUAAAGUAUUGGUGAGUUGCUUAAUGUCGAAGUGACCAGACUAACCGAAAUACUGGUGUACAGUAAUUCUUUCAAUCCAAUCCAAUUAGAAAGUUUGUGUCUUUGAUGUUAGUAACCAUUAGGGCUGGCAGCACUGUUAACACUUUUCAACGAUGGUUUUCACCAAUGUAUACAAAACAAUUUUCUCAACAACACAACAACGAAUGUUAAUGGAAUGCAUAAACGCCGUGAACGAAAGUUGAAGAACGAAGAACAGAAAGCAACCGAAAAGCGGUAAAAUAAUAGUGGAUUAAAACGGUUCAGCGUAACGAAAAGGGCGCCCCAAUUUCACCGACAUCAGGCUGAGUUAUUGGCUUCUUUAAAACAACUAGUGACUCCAGCGGGACAGCAA